AUGGAAAACAUACUUGAAAAUCAAGCAAUUUUAGAAGAUGGUAUCAAGAAAGUUUUAAUAAACUUUAAAAAGGAUGGUGCAAGUCGCAAGACCCCUGAGAACAUCAAGAGACGUCUCACGACCUUGGACUUGUACUGGGAGGAUUAUGUCUCUAACCACGGUAAGCUUAAGGAGCUUUUACCUCAAGACCACGAAUACUUCUCCGGUCGUUAUUACGAAAACGCAAAGAGUGCUUACUUAGAAACAAGGGAAUUUAUAGAAAAAUCAAGCGUAACUAUAAACCCGGUCACGGUGGUCGACAAGGACAACAAUCCAGUGGAUGAUUUCCAAGAAAGUGUUAGCCAACAAGGUGCUUCCACUUCUAAAGAUAAUGAGUUCGUGCGGGAGAAUAAAAUCAAUACCGGAAGUAGCAGCAAGCUUGAUGACAUGAUAAAAAAGCAAUUAAGCAAUUUCAAGGCUUUUGCUAGAACAGUAGUUAACAUCAAUAUAGAAAACAUGAAUGAAAAGUGGGAGUUCGUAGAUAGUCUGCAUACCCUUCAAUCGCGUUGGCAGGCUAUAGACGCUCUUCAUUGGGAGUUAGACAGUGAGCUGCAAGGAUCUAAUCAGCAGUACGAGAGCAGGUUCACCGAACACGAAGCUAAGUAUUUAGCAGUCAAGAAGGCCAUUAAUACCAAGCUAUGGUCCGUAUCACAUCGAGAAAAGUCAACUCCGCAGCUUGAUAUACCUGUUUUUAUCGGGAACUACCAACAAUGGGUAUCAUUCAAGGACUUAUUUUGCGAGGCGAUACAUAAUAAUCCUUCUCUGUCUAACGCCCAAAAGUUACAAUACCUUAAAAGCAAGCUUAGGGGAGAACCAGAGCGCCUAAUCCAACAUCUUCCGAUCAGUUCAGACAACUAUGUCGGUGCCUGGGAGAUUCUCAACAACAGAUACGAAAACAAGAAACGUAUCUUCAAUUCGCAUAUUGGUGCGUUAAUGAACCUUCCAGUUAUGCCUCAAGCUACUGUUCAAAAUCUCAAGCGCCUACACGACGUCACUACCGAGUGUCUAAAUGCCAUAAAAAACAUAGGUGUUAACAUAGACACCUGGGACCCGAUCCUUGUGUAUAUUUUAGCACAAAAACUCGACACAGAUACCAACAAUGACUACAAUGACUCAUUGAAGGAUUCGAAACAGCUGCCUAAUCUAAAAGAAUUUCUAGAAUUCUUAGAGAAGAGAUUUACUUCCAUGGAAAGUGCCCGCCGCAAGCAAGAACAAAAGUCGAAUACAAACUCUACAAUUACAUCGGACAAACAAGAAAAACAGUAUCAUUACAAGCGAUACUUUUCCAGCAACAAGGCUACAUCGCAAUCAUCAAGAUUUAAUAAAAAUAACAAAUUGAAAUGUCCGGUAUGUAAUAUGGAACAUGGAAUUUAUUACUGCAAGCAAUUCUUGGAAAUGUCUCCGACUCAAAAACGUCAAAUCAUAUCAAAAUUUAACAUUUGCUGCAAUUGUUUAUUCAGCCAUAAUGGUAAACUUUGCACUUCAAACAGGCGAUGCCGUGAAUGCAAUGGCUGUCAUAAUACAAUUUUACAUGAAGCUUGUAAAAACAACACGACACCGACUCACGCGGAAUCGUCACAUCGGGGUGAACGAGCGAGUGGUAUCUCGCACGUGGCUCAACAAGGAAACACACCCGAGACACUUUUAUCGACAGCUUUGGUAAACGUAACAGGAGCCAGUGGAGAGUCGUAUACAUUACGAGCUCUCAUUGAUCAAGGCUCACAAGUGUCAUUGAUCACAGGGCAUGCCGCACAAUUGCUUCGUUUGCCAAGACGCAAAUGUAAAGGCAUCAUAACAGGGGUUGGCGCCAAGGACAACACCUGCACUGGAAUGUUAACCAUCAGCUGUAACUCACUAACUGAAGAGUUUAUUUUCAACGCUGAUGUUUACAUAAUGAAAAGUUUAACAAGAAACUUGCCAAGUGGCAUAUGCAACGUCGGCAACAUGACACCAGUUGCACAACAAACAAGGCUUGGGUGGAUUUUGUGCGGCAAGGUACAAACUCUACAAUGCAACGUGGUUUUAAAUAAUAUUGAGGAAUUACAUCGAUUUUGGGAAAUUGAAGAUAUACAAGAGGACACUUCAUUUUCGACGGAGGAGAGCCAAUGUGUUGAGUUUUAUAAGACAACGACAACAAGGUCGGAGGAUGGAAAAUAUCAAGUCAGACUGCCUCUAAAAUCAAACAUAGAUCAACUAGGACAAUCGAAACAUAAGGCUAUAGCACAGUUUCAUCAGCUUGAAAGAAAGUUUAGCAAGAAUAAAACUUUAGAACAAGAAUAUAAGCUGUUUAUACACGAAUACCAAAAUUUGUAUCAUAUGAAACUAGCUGACGGCAACACGAAGCUCGACUAUUAUUUACCACACCAUUGCGUGCUACGCGAGCAAUCUACUACAACAUCGCACCGCGUAGUAUUCAAUGCUUCGCAAACUACAACAAGUGGACAAAGUCUCAAUGACUGCAUGUGUAAAGGGCCUAAUUUACAAAAGGACCUUUUAACUUUGAUUUUAGGGUGGAGACAAUACAAGGUCGCCUUCACCGCAGAUAUCGAGAAAAUGUUCAGACAGAUAUGGAUUCACAAAGCUGAUCAAGGUUUGCAGAAGAUCGUGUGGAGAGAUAGCCCACGUGACCUCUUACGUGAGUACCAACUGACGACAGUCACCUACGGCACCAAGGCCGCUCCUUUCCUCGCAAUGAUGACACUGCGUCAGCUGGCCGCGGAUGAAAAAGUACACUACCCAGAAGCUUCUCAAGUGGUGGAGAAUUGUUUCUACAUGGAUGAUUUACUUCAUGGAACCCACUCCUUAGAAACCGCAUUACAACUAAAACAAGAUCUUAUGGAGCUUAUGAAAUCUGGAGGGUUUCAUUUAAGAAAAUGGAAUUCUAAUUAUCAAGAACUAAAACAAGAGGGAGACAAACAAGGUCAAAAUAACUAUAAUUUCAAGCAAGCGGAAUCAACAAAGACCCUCGGUUUAAUUUGGAACCCAGAUCAAGAUAUUUUCAUUUUCCAAUCAAAAAUCCCUAACGAAAAUGGUGAAAAUACAAAACGAACGCUAUUGUCGGACAUAUCCAAGCUGUUCGACCCGUUAGGGUGGCUAACUCCACUAUCUACAAAAAUGAAGCUACUGUUCCAGCAAGUAUGAGAAACGAACAUGGCUUGGGAUGAUAAACUGCCCGA